UUUUAAUACUGCAUUUCAAAAGUGACUGGCGUGUAAAUUUGUUGAUUUAGCUAUAUAAAAUUAAAUUAUAGUAGCCAUGUCAGAAACAGGACUACCAGAUUACCUCGAGAAGUUCCAGGCCGAGGACGAGGAGAGGGUAAUGAGCAUGUUCGAUGAAAGCGAGAAGGAGUUAGCCCUCAAAUGGUAUCAGCACUGCAAGAUUACCCCUGCGGAUCUGCAGCGAAAGUACAGCGCGGAGGAGUUGAGGGAGCUCUGUUUGCGUACGAAAGUACGCGUCAGAAUGAGAGAACACAACUGCUUAUGGGACGCCAAGGAGCGGCUGGGUCGCCGCUUGGACAAUCGCUCGGAGAGCUUCAUCAAUCGCAUGCUCAUCAAGUCGGUCGUCAGGAAAAUGGUGGAACCGUACACUGACGAAGAAGUAGCCCGUCAUAAUCUCGUCAAGAGAAGCUGGCUAAAGAAGCGAAACAUCAUGCGACUGGAGGUUUGGAAGCGUGAACGUGAGUCCCAGUCCGACACUUUUUCUGGCCCGUCUCUGGUGGGCAUUGCAUCGCAAGUGGACUCGGCGCCGGCUUUGUUAGAACUGGGCACUGAGCAGCCUGAGCCGGAAGUAGAUAUCUUUGCUUCAUCUGUUGUCGAAGACACAGGAGAAGAUUCUGUGCGGCCCGACGCACUGGACGACUCGCAAUUGUGGGGCAUUGGGCAUGAUGGUGACACUGUGUCAUUGCCACCAGAAAGUCAAAGUCAACAAAACAGUUCAGUUCCAAUUGCGUCCCAAAUGGAUUGGGUGGAUGCGGCCCUACAGAUCAACUCGGAGGGAAUGUCCUUAGUAAACAGCUCGCUAUCGCAGCCAAUCUUAAGUGAGGAUUACAAUGAAUUUGGUACACAAGUGGCGGUUGCAUCAACACAGGAGGAUGCGCCAUGAAUCAAUUAUAAUUGUUAUUGGAUGUUUAAGAAUGUAUUUGUUGUUGCUCUGUGUGUGUUUUUUGUAUUCACUCAUUUAUUCUCUUAUUCCAUGUUCUUGCUUUAAUACUACUUUAAUACUGAAUCUGUUGAUUGCGUUCAAGUUGAAGGUGUAUUCGUGAAAACUCGGUUCUAUCUUUAUCUUAUAAGUAGUAGCUUAAUGUAAGAGCCAACAAGUUCGUACAAAUAAAACUCAAGUCAACCCAAUUGAUCUGCUGGGAAGGUAAUGCGUUUGUCACACAACCCAUUAAUAAGCGUCCCAAUGAAUAUUCAUUAAGAGAAGAGAAAAUAUUUUAGAUAUAUUUACAAUAUUAAGUGCCCAGAAUUGGUUUUUCCUGCCAGCGACCCAUCCCCCCAUGCAGUGCAAAAUAUUUGCACAUGAUGGCGAUAGUGUAGUGUAGGGACACGCCUAGUGCUGUCUUUCGUAAUUAAUUAAACAUUGAAAUGUGGAAAAUCUGAGUGAUUAAACCAACCCAUAAAGGACAGUCG